AUGCCGCCUCGCUCAUCUCUGACUUCGUCCUUUUCCAUUUCUGAUGCCAACAAUGAGGUCAUUUGCCCUCUAAGCAAUCAGGAUGGUUCCAACUGCCGCAAAAGAUGCAUCGGCGAAAAACGUUAUCGCUCCAUGCAGGAGCAUAUCCGUCGAGCUCACCCCGAGUACUACAUUCCGAAGCUGCCCGCCACCGAGGAGAGUUUUCUGCUGAUGGUCAAUACACCGCCCUCUGAGCGUCCCCCAACCGAUUCGAGUCCGGUCCCUUCUGCACAAGGCUUUCGUCCACGCCAACAUGAUUACCGACACAACUCCUCUGGCCCGCCUACCCCCAGAAACUCGGAUGAAUUUUCCAAUGGCAGCGUAAAUCAUAUGCUCGGAACGGCCACAGCUGCCGCUGUCCUGGCCGAGCUACGAGAAAACGACAUGGACGGAGGCUAUCAUUCCGAUUUGGAUGGCCGUCGUAUCCCGCAAACAUCCAUCGAGCUCCCGCCGCUCCACCACAUUUCCAACCAUGAUGUCACCAGCGACCCCUACUCCAAUCGCCAUCUCCCCUCGCUUCUCUCGGGCUCACCACCCGGUCGCUCCUCAACCCUACCGCCGCUGCAGCGCCACCCGGGUCCUAACCGCCCCCGCAAGCACUCUGUCUCCAAACGCGCCCAGGAGGGCCACAAGAAGAAGAAUUCGCGCAGCAGCGCAACCGACUGGCUGCGGCGUAUCCAGAAUGACGAGCUGCGGCCCGGCGACCGCAAGGCCCUAUCCGUGGAGCCCUCGACAGACUUUGGCAAGCGUUGGAAGGACCUCAUCGAUGCUGCCGAUCAAGCUGCCUCUGCCGCCGGCGACGCGGACCAGGACCGCACGCCCAUGCCGCAGUCGCCCGUAUCCAUCCAUCGCUCGUCCAUGCCGCCCUUUCCCCAGCAAAAUGUGCAACAGCCCAGCUACCAGGCUUCCCCUCUGCAGCAGGCCCUGACGCCACCGUCACACAACCAGGACCCCGUCGAGCCCUAUCCCAGCGUCGAAAGCGGUGACAACUUCCACAUGGCCACGAGCGGCCUCUCCGACUCGUCGCCCACCUACUCGGCCCACAACAUCCAAAUCUACUGCGCCGCCUGCCAGGGCGUCUCCCUGCUGCGGGCUUCGUAUGCAUGUACCGAGUGCAUCUCCGCCGUAUGUGCCACCUGCGUCGAGGUGCUCAUGGCCGAGCAUGGAGCACGAAGGAAGUGCCCCCGCUGCGCCACCAUUGGCGGGCGGUUCAAGCCUUUUCAGCUCGAUUUUCGAUGA